UAUCAGAUAUCUUGCUGAAAUGAUGAAAGAGCCAGAAAGAGCGCGUAAUCGAUCAGCUGAAGAUCGCGCUCCAUUUUUGGAACGGCCAUUGUUAUUGUUCGAGCCGGUACCGACACGUAGCGAAAAAGCGAGGGUCAUUGCAUUUGUAAACUUGAGACAGAUCGUUCGGGGUUCGGCUAUCAAGAUCCAGACAUCAUGGUCCUGAUGCCAAAGGAGUCCGCGAAGCUGGUUGCCGGCUUGGCGAAGGACGUGUUCAUCGAGCAGGCGGGCGUGAAGAAACUGGCCUUGGCGAUCCUCGAUGGCUUGAAAACCGGUAAGAUUCGCGAGGGCACGUUCUCGCAGAUCAAGUUUCAUCCCAAGCCCGACGACCCCAGGGCGGCGGACUGGAUAUUCGUGCUGGACACGUUGAACUUCUCCUUCUGGACCGAGACGGGCGCGAAGAAAUGGACAGUCAACGGAGAGACCGGCUACUUCGCGUUCUGCGCCGCAGUCACUCGGGCCAUCGACGACGGGAAACCCAUGUGGGAUCCCAAGUAUUACUCGCAGAUAACGCAGGCGGAUGCCGAGGUCAUUUUCCGUGGCGACGACGAGGUCAGCAUUCCGCUUAUAGACGAAAGAAUCAAGGGCCUGCACGAGGCCGGAAGGGUUCUGUUGGACAGGUAUAAGGGCACGUUUGCCGAGUGUAUCAAGUCGUGCGAGGGCUCAGCGGAGAAGUUGCUCCGGCUGAUCGUCAAGGAAUUCGACUCGUACCGGGACGAGGCCAACUACGAGGGGCACAGGAUCAGCAUCUACAAGAGGGCCCAGAUACUGAUCGGCGACAUUUGGGCCUGCUACGAGGGACGCGGGCUCGGCGAGUUCCACGAUAUCGACAGCAUCGCGAUGUUCGCGGACUAUCGUAUCCCUCAGGUGCUCGUGCAUUACGGCGCUAUGCGCUACAGUGACUCGCUCAUGGGCAAGCUGAAAGCCGACGAGCCGUUAAAGCAGGGCAGCAGGGAGGAGGUUGAGAUACGUGCCUGCUCGAUCGAGGCGGUCGAGCAGGUGCGCGACGAGGUGCGAAGAUUGAUCGCAGCCGAUCCGAACGUGGGCCUGAACCCGUCCGAUGUCAACACGAUCGUGAUCGACCACUACCUGUGGGACUACCGGCGAGAGUACGCGCAACAGUUGGAGCACAUCCCGUUCCACAAAACGAGAACAAUAUACUAUUAGGCCAUCAAAAAGUUUUUACAUACCAAAUACUACAUUCUAAAAACCAAAUUUUAUCUGUUCCUUUUUAGCUAUAUUUUUAUACCGCAUCAUAUGUAUGUACAAAACGAGAGAAAAUAGAAUAAAGUUUAUUACAUGUUUCAGGCCAAACAGCUCUUUCAUGUUAUAUAACGAGAUUGAUUAGAUAAAAUUAUUGAUAAGACAUAAAAGAUAUCAUCGUAUAUCGCGUACCGCGCGAUGUGAUAUUACGCAAGAAUGAAAGAGAGUGGAAAGAAUGUGUAAGGCAGAGAACUUGAAUUACUUACUGUACAAUAAUAUGAAUGUAUUUGAUUAAGAUAUUUACAUGAAAUAUAUUUCUCUAAUACUGCUGCUUAUACGAAA